AUGGAAACCAGAGCUGCAAAGAAGAGAAGGCUUCUUAUGGAGCAAGAAAACAAACACAAUGAGAAAAUCAAGGACAGGUUCAGUGAUCUUCCAGAUGAUGUCUUGCACCACACACUCUCCUUCUUACCCAUUAAAUCUGCUGCACAUACAAGUAAUUUAUCUAAAAGGUGGAGAAAACUAUGGGAUUCCUGUCCAAUUCUCGACUUCUCCAAAGCUUGUCGUCCGACAGGGCUGCGAUUUGAAAAAAAACCAGCUACGGUUGGGGAAGUUUAUGGCCGGCAUAGCAAAGUAGUUAAUGGCAUUUCCAAAGUAUUGUCUGACCGCCAUGAAAACUCUAAUAUAGAGGUUUUUGAGUAUGCUGGUUAUAUGAACCCUAGUUGGUUGCUUGAUUGGGUUCCUUGUCUGGUGAAGCAUAGGGUUGAAAAACUUGUUCUCUAUGUCUGGUUGGUUCACUCGCUUGACUUGCCUUGCUCUCUAUUUGAGUGUAACUCACUGAGGAGCCUCACAUUGGAAGCCACUCGUUCUGAACAUUGCCUCCUAAUUAACAAUCCCGACACCCGGUUUUGGCUUCCAUCUUCUUGUGCUCGGGCUACUAGCGGCCUUCGCUCUCUGUCUUUAACCGGAGUGGAUUUCGCAGGCAACGUGUUAUUUUCAGAUCCUACUUCGUUCCCUUCCCUUGAGAAAUUGACUGUAGAUCAUUGUAGAAGAAUCAGCCAUCUAAAAAUAUGUUGUGCCAACCUCAAAUGCAUAGAAGUUUGCAAUAUGGGUAUAAAAAGCCUGGACAUAUCUGGAAUGAAACUAGAGAAGUUGACAAUCAAACUCUGUUUCAACGGAUGUGGCAAGGGAAGUAGUGUUAAGAUUUUGGCUCCCAAUCUACUAACAUUUUGUUGGAACGAAAAUGACUUUGCUGAGAAGUGUUUGAUUCAGAGCUUUCCAAAGCUCAUGGAAGGUGAGAUUAGUUCUUGUGUGCUACCAGCCAACGUUAGCAAAGUGAACGCUCAAAGCGCAGCCAAUCUUCUUUCCUCACUGUCCCAAGUUGGGAGCCUUUGUUUGUCCUAUCGCAUUCUUGAGAUUUUGUCGAAAAUAUAUCUUGAAUUCGGUGGUCUACCAUAUUCAUUUAUGAACCUCAAGACCUUGCAAAUUUAUACUGAUUUGAGAAAAGCUGAUAUCCCGGCUAUAGCUUGCAUUUUCAGGAGCUCUCCUGCAGUCCGAAAUCUCACAAUUACGAUAACCGCUGGCUGUGAUAUCCAUAGCCCACCCGCUGGCUGGGAAAAUCAAGCUCAAAGUUUGAGCUCCUUCCUAUGUCACCUAAAGGUGGUGAAUAUUGUGGUUUGGACAAAUACGAUACAUGAAAGUGUGAUUAACGUAGUGAGGUUUUUGCUUCAACAUGGAAGAGCCUUGCAAAAAUUUGUCAUUUCUUCGUGGCACUCCAUGGUCCAUGAUCAACUUGCUACGUUAUUUCCCCGGGCAUCCACUCGUCUCGAAGGCUCAUGGUUCUACACUAAUUUUGUAAACACAUAG